AUCAAAAAUCCGCAACACAUUUUUGCAAUACCAUCAUCUUCUUCCGUGAAAAUCUACUCUAAUGGCCUCUCUCAAAUUCAAAUUCCAGUUUCCUCCGCCACUGAGAAUUUUCCAAAUUCCCAAAACGCCCAACUUCAAAACAUCAUUUGUAACCUGUAGCCUAAGAGGUGGACCGAGAAAACCUUUGUGGAGGUCAAAGAGAGUAUCAACAGAAGCUAUACAAGCAAUCCAAUCACUCAAAUUAGCUAAAUCAUCAAAUCCAAGAUUACACCAAGUUUUCAACACUAAAUUAUCAAGACUUCUCAAAACUGAUUUGCUUGAUGUUCUUGAAAUUUUGCAAAACCAAAAUGAAUUAGAUUUAGCACUGAAGGUGUUUGAGUUUGUGCAAAAGGAGAUAUGGUACAAACCAGAUUUAACUCUAUAUUAUGGGAUGAUUGAGAUGUUGGGGAAGAAUAAGAUGACUGAAAUGGCUGAAGGGUACUUUUCGAAACUAGAGAAAGAAGGGUUGAAACCUGAUACACGAGCAUUCAAUGAGAUGAUUGGGGCUUAUUUGAAAGUGGGUACUACUGAAAAGGCAAUGGAAAUGUAUGGAAGAAUGAAGGAAUCGGGUUGUGUACCAGAUAAAUUGACAUUUGUAAUUUUGAUUAGGAAUCUUGAGGAAGCUGGAAGAAAUGAUCUUGUUGAUAUUAUAAAGAAAGAAUGUGGUGAUUAUAUGGAUUAUCCUGAGAAAUUUCUUGAAGAAGUUGAGAGGAAGAAAGAUGCAAAAAGGCAGUUGAUAAAUCUUGGUUGACAAUUUCCAAUUCAAGGUUGAUUUACUCUUAUCAAAAUCCCGAAGGCUACAGACUGUGCUAAGGUGUCAGUUUUAAUUUAAGUGGUUUUGAUGUAUAACUGUCAAAGCCGCCUAGCAGAUGGGCACAUGCAUAAGGGAGUUGUCAAGCAAGCGAUUCGAAUCAAGGAAGAUGGUUAGGCAAAUUUUUUUUGUCUGAACUGCUUUGCAUACUGGUUCAUUUGAGACAUUUUACAACUGUGUUCCUAUUCUGUAAACCAUUAUGCUCCUUAACAAUCUGAUGGACAAAUGUUCCUGUAUUUUACAACUGUUUUCCUGUCUGUUCAUAGAUCAUAAUGACUUGAUGCAAAAGUAUGUUUGGAUAUGAAUGGCAUUGCUCGGAGAAAAGUUGAAGGCAAA